CCUUCCAUUUUUAUGGCGAGAUAAUAUUCCAUUGUGAGUGUGCAUAUGUAGAUAGACCACAUGUUCUUUAGCCUUUCAUCCAUUAAGGGGCACUUUGAUUGUUUUCAUGAUUUAGUUAUGGUGAAUAAUUCUGCAAUGAAUGUGGGGGUGCAGAUACUUUUUCAAGGUAGUGAUUUCAUUUGCUCUGGAUCAUAUAUAUGUAUCGGCAGAUCAGGUUCUUAAAAGAUUGUCCUGAGGCUCCAGUGGUCAACCUUUAAGUACCCAGCCUGUAAUAAAUAGCAAAUGUAGCCAUAGUGGUUAUUUUCAUUUUAGCAAGGAGGAACCAGGGUCACCCGGGGAAUAGGUGAGAGAACCAAGUGUAGGACCCAGAUUUUUCUCACCUAGGAAGCUUAAUCCUGCCUCCCCACUACCUCUGCCUCAUGAGAGGGGAUGGGAUUCCUCCUGCCUCAACGCUGGGAAUUGGAAGGGCCCCUCUCAGGUUGCAGAAUACAUUAGCUGUGAAAGUCCCUGCAGGACUCAGGUCAGCAUAGACUUGUUUGCUUCCGGUCAGGGCUUGGCACAGCCCUGAGUGCUUGUUGUGGUUGAGACAGAAGCUGUGCAGUCAGAUGCACCUGGAUUCCAGUGCAUACGGCUCCCUGCUCUCGCACUUACUAGCUGUAGUAAACAGGAUUAACAAGUUAGCACCAGCCUCAGAGGCUUGUUAGGAGCAUCAAGAGAGAUAAUUUGUGGAACAGGCCUAGCACCAUGCUUGGCACACAGUAAGGGCUUAAUGACAGCUGACAGUACUUUGACAUGUUGAAGUGACAGACAGGCUGACCUAGAAGGGAAGAAAGUACAAGUGUAAUACUUGCAGGUACAGCAGAAAAGGGCACUGGAAGAGGCUGCAGAGUUCUCACUGCACUGGAACUUACUGGGUCUACCAUCUGCCACAUACUCGUCCCUGCAGACAUCCUGAAGAAGUGGCCUGUGCUUGCGUGGAGUUUACAUGGCACUUUGGGAAGCAGUUGGGAAAUACCUAUUAUAAAAUUAAUUGUUCCAUAAGUAUCAUGAAUAACUGCAAGGAUCUUUUGUGCAACAAAUAUCUAGGUAAAAGGAGUCUGAGUGGGUAGCUGGACAAGAUAAGGUGAUGAGAAUUAUGCAGCUUUCCUGCCAUCUUCACAUAUAUUCAAAACCGUGUGUGCAGAUACCCCUAUUGGUUUUUGUUUGUUUUGUUUUGGGCCGCACCUGUGGUACUUGGAAGUUCCCGGGCCAGGGAUCGAACCCAUACCGCAGUUGCAACCUGCACCUGCAGGUUGUGGCGGUGCUUGAUCCUUAACCCGCUGCACCACACAGGAAUUUCCCCUCUUUGUCAUUACUCCCGAACCAAACUUGGGUCCGCUGGCCUGCGGGCAGUCAAGCCAAUCUGCUGACACCACAUUGUGGUGCAGGAAAAUGCAGCGUUUGUUGCAAAGUGCCACACAAGUAGUCUGGGACAGCUAGUGUUGAAGAAGCCUGAACUCCCUGAUGGGUUUCAGGAAAGCAUUUUUAAGGGCCAGGUGAUGGGGGCAGGGGGCACUGGUUUGAGGGUGAGGUGUUGAGGUAACGGGGCCGUGGUGCAGAGUUUCGCUUCAUGAGUCCUGAGGCUGCAGCAGGCCUGCGGGCUCUGUAGGUCGUUCACAUCUUCCAUCUGGUGGUGGAGGUAGGGGGUUCCUGGAAAACAACUCAGGAAAUGUGCAUCAGAUACUAUGGUGUAGGUGUUUCAAAGAGGAGCUAAAGCAGAAGAUGUGGGAGAGGAGGCGGCUCCCGGGGGAUUGGGGGGAGACACCCCCCCCCGAGGGUCCUGCUGAGUUCCAUUGUGAGUCCGUUUUCCACUUAACGCUGUGCCCUUAAUUUUCUUCCCAAGUGUGUUUGGCCUUUUAGGUUUCCUGCCUCACAUCCGUGUUACCUGUAUCGGGGGGACUCUCCUUUCCAUCCUUGACUGCUUUGUAUUCAACACCCAUCGUUUCCAGGUCACCUUUGGAAUUUGAACAGCACCCUUUCGAAACCGUCCAGCCUCGGUUUGCCUCCUCGGUCUCAAUCCAGUAAGAACACAGUUACCUUUGGCCUCCAGGCAGCACUUGGGCAGCAGCGUAAAUCGUGCCAUCCUAGGGUUAAACGUCCAAAAGAUGCUAUCAGCCUUAAAGUAAAUACAGUCCGGUUAUCUGAGUGCCAUACAUGGACUCCCCCAGGUCUCCAAAGGAGACAGUCCUCAUCACGGGAGGAGGUGGCUAUUUUGGUUUCCGCCUGGGCUGCGCUCUGAACCAGAAGGGGCUCCGUGUGAUUCUCUUUGACGUCAGCAGCCCUGCUCACACCAUUCCAGAAGGAGUCAAGUUCAUACGGGGAGACAUUCGCCUCCUCUCUGACGUAGAGCACGCCUUCGAGGAUGCGGAUGUCACCUGUGUGUUCCACAUCGCCUCCUACGGUAUGUCAGGGCGCGAGCAACUGAACCGAAGCCGGAUUGAGGACGUCAACGUCGGGGGCACGGACAACGUCCUCCAGGCCUGCAGGAGCCGGGGGGUGCCAAGGUUAGUUUACACCAGCACCUUCAAUGUCAUCUUCGGAGGUCAGGUUAUCAGAAAUGGCGAUGAGUCUCUGCCAUACCUACCUCUCCACCUCCAUCCGGACCACUACUCUCGAACCAAAUCGGUCGCAGAGAAGAAGGUGCUGGAGGCCAAUGGCACAGCCCUGGCUCGACGUGCUGGGGUCUUGAGGACCUGUGCUCUGAGGCCGGCCGGCAUCUAUGGGCCCGGAGAACAAAGGCACCUCCCCAGGAUAGUGAGCUACCUGGAGAAGGGCCUCUUCAGGUUUGUGUAUGGAGACCCCAAGAGUCUGGUCGAAUUUGUCCACGUGGAUAACUUGGUGCAGGCUCACAUCCUGGCCUCAGAGGCCCUGAAGGCCGACAAGGGCCACGUCGCCUCCGGGCAGCCCUACUUCAUCUCUGACGGCAGACCCGUGAACAACUUUGAGUUCUUCCGGCCUUUGGUUGAGGGCCUGGGUUACAAGUUCCCCUCCAUCCGCCUGCCCCUGCCCCUCAUCUACUUCUUCGCUUUCCUCACAGAGAUGGCCUACUUCCUCUUGGGUCGACUCUACAACUUCCAGCCCUUCCUCACCCGCACCGAAGUUUACAAAACCGCCGUCACACAUUACUUUAGCCUGGAGAAAGCCAAGAAAGAGCUGGGCUAUGAGGCUCAACCAUUUGACCUCCAGGAAGUAGUAGAGUGGUUUAAAGCCCAUGGUCACGGCCGCAGUCCUGGCAGUCAGGACGCAGAGUUCAGUCUUGUUUGGUACGGGCUGCUGGUCUCACUCUUGGUUAUAGCAGUUCUCACCUGGCUGCCGCCUUCUGUGAUUCUGUCCCUGUGAAGCAGGAGCUAGAAAUAAGGAGCUGAUGACCCUUGCUGAGAUGGAGAUCCUUGGUGGCCUAGCAGUUAGGGAUUCAGCAUUGUCACUGCUGUGAUGUGGGUUCCAUCCCUGGCCUGGGAACUUCCACAUGCCGUAGGCAAGAUUGAUCGAUAGGUAGAUGGAUAAUAGAUACCUCGUGCCAAAUUUGGGGUCUUCACAUUGCUACUUAAGAAUAGAUUCUUGAGUUCCUGUUGUGGCUCAGUGGGUUAAGACCCGACUAGUGUCCAUGAGGAUGUGGGUUCCAUCCCUGGCC